AGGGACUGAUUAAUUAGAAGUGGAAAGGGACCAAUUAGAGUGUGGAAAAGAUUAGACAACAAUCAAUCAAAAGGGAGGAAAAGAAAAGAGGAUUUUUUUUCCAUUCCAUUUCGGUUGACCGUACACCCCAACCACACCUUCAGUCGGUUUAAAUUCCGGCCAUUACCACCAUACUUUCAGGUGAUCUUCAACCAUCCCACACCUGUCAUAUCUUUCAUUACCUCCCAUCUACCAUAUCCCUACAAUUUCGAAGGAAUUUUAGCCCAAAAACCAUGUAAACUGUGCGGGUGACCGAAGGCUUUUCACGGCGAUUCCAUCAUUCCGACAAGUUCUACCACCCAUCCUCACCCUUAAUCAACUUCCCUUGGACCCUAGAUCAAGACCCAACCAGUUGUAGGAGCAUUGGAACACCGAGGAAUUCGAAUUGAAGAACACCCACCUCAGGGUUUUCGACGGGUGCGAGCCAAUUUGGGGUCUUCCCGGCCAAAUUGGACUUGCCCACAUGUAUAAAGUUUACUCUACUUGUUGAGAUCUUCUUUCCUGUAAAAUUUGAGAAUUUUUUAAAAAGGUCGAAUUUUCUAGUGUGUGACAUCCGAUUUAUGAAAUGCGUUGAGUAUAUUUUCAAUAAGGUCCAUCACUUGAAUAUUCUAGCAAUCGAUGAUCCGACCAUUGGAUCGUCACCAAAUUGUAGUAUGCUAUUGUAGAUAUUAUUUAAGGAUUUACUUUUGGGUUAUCCUGAAAAGUUGCGGGAUUUCGUUGUGUCUUCAUCGGUAGUUUCAGCAAGACUAGAGAUUUAUUGACUACGGCAAGAGAGAACAAAGAAAGGAGAAAUCUUUGAAGAAUAAGCUUAGCUUUGUGAUAAAGAUUAGCAUGUUAUAUCAGGGUGGCAAAAAUGUGGCAGUAUUCACGACGUUUAGUUAAGAAACUAUGGCGUUCAAAUUUGUGUCAGUGGUAGUGAAAUUGAAACCUCGUCGCGUACUUAGCUGCUUGCCCUAGUUCAGUUACAACAGCGGUGUGUGUAGAGUUAUUAGUGAUAGUUAUAAGAAUUGGUGCUGCUUGUUGAAUCUAUAGUAGGAAGAACCAAGCAAAAUCUUUGUUUGAGUAGCAAAUGGAGUAUUCCGAGUUCUUUUGUGCACACCGGCAACCUUGUUGAGUAGUCAACAUUAAUUUUUUCAGUGUUUUCUUUUGAGAUUUGUAAAAGAAAUCCCUGUACUAAUUUGCGGGUCUGUUUUAUUUUGGGUUUCCGGGAGAGAAAUAAGAAUAGGAAGCUCGGUAUUAUAUACUUUGGCUUGCUUAUGAGUCAUGCAUACGGUUUAGUAUGAGGUGCUUUUUUUCCCCCCAGAGUUAUCCCUUUUGGGUUUAGAUAUUUGAGUAGCUUCGAUAGAAGGUGAAGUAUUAGGUAUGUUCUAAAUUACAAAUAAAAAAUCUAGUGAUUGGAUCUUACGGAGCAAGUGAAGUAAGAUCAUGGACCCUACCUUAGAACGACGGUUCGAUUUCUCAUUAAAUGUUAUUGUGGGAGACAUAUGAGAGUUGUUGGGUGUGUGAAUUAUCGAAGGAAAUCUAAAUGUGGACUUGUACUUUGUUUAGGCGGUGAGAGAGCGUGAUGCCUUAACUCUUGUGCUAGGGUGCAUUAACGCGGACUCCAGGUGAAUGAUUUUAAUUUAUGUGAUAUUGGUGAUUUUCCUGUUUUCGUAAUUGUUAUCUUGUGUGGAUAUGGCUUGGUUUUAUAAAUAUGUUUUCCAUUGAAUUGUUAUUCUUAAUGCUUAGCCAUUGAUUUAAGUUUAUGAAAUGAGAUUUGACGUGUAUAUAUUGAAAUAUGGUUUGAUUUGUUUGAUUGGCAUGUUGUGAUGAAAUAUGAGGGCUAGUGGUGGAUCGUUAAACCAUUGGGAUGGGGAUUUGUUGCUUCGAUAUUGUUUCAUUUCCCGCUUCGUUAUUCGUUCUAAAUUUAGUGUGUGCCUUAUUUCCCUUGGUUGAGCUUUGGUAAAUUAAGUAACUUGUGCUUGUCUUAUUUCCUUGAGCCGUUGUACAUUGAGUGAUGGUUCGGAAUCGUAUCCACUUGGAUUUCGUUGAGUGAUGGUCUGAAAUCCCCCUACUCCGUGAUUCCGUUGAGUGAUGGUCCGGAAUCGUAUCCAGUUUGGUUUCAUUUAAUGGUUGUUAUGCCUUGUACUCCACGAUUCUGUUGAGUGAUGGUCCGGGAUCGUAUCCACUCGGAUUUCAUUGAGAGAUGGUCCGAAAUCCCUUAUACUCCGUGAUUCCAUUAAGUGAUGGUCCUAGAUCGUAUCUACCUUGGGUUUCAUUAAAUUUGGAUUGAGAUAGCUUCAAAGAUGUAGGCUUCGGCCGAACUGUGUCGCUCUAGUCCUACUUUUCAUUGUGUUGUAUGAGAUUAUAGUUGUGAGAUGUUGUGAUUUGUUUCAGACGAACCGUUGGAUGUUUGAGUGACUCCUUCAGAGUUUUCAAAGGUUUGGUAUUGAUUCCUUAUGAAUGAUUUAUAUUCAAGGUUUAUAAAUUGUGAUUAAUGGCUGGGUUUAUUAUUAGUAUCACAUACUUUGUAUUAUUGCCACUCACACGAGCCCCACAGCUUAUCCGGGUUGUUGUUUACCGAUGCACCAUUCCGAUGGUGUAGGCACUGAUCAUACAGGCGACAUGUUUGAGUAGACUUCGAGAAGUUUGUAGAUGGGGGUAGCAGUGCAGUUAUCAGAGACUUGAAGCGUUAGGUUACCCUUGAUCCACUCUUGUACUUUAUUUUUUGGCACUUUCUUUUGAACACCUCGAACUUGUUCUUAGUCUAGCGAGGGUUGUGCUUCUUUUUGGAAUGUGCAUAUUUGUAAAUACCUUGUGGAGAACUUAGCCACCUUCAUAUUAUUUUGGUUUAUCAGUUAAAGUAUUUCAUUCCGUAACUUAUACCGUAUUCAUCGAAAGUUAUUUUUCCUUGUCACGCGUCAAUCCUUGAUGUAUAUUAGGAUCGGGACGUGACACCACCCCUUGUUGAUCCCGAGGGAUGGAGGAGGCUAGGUUAGCCGAAAGAUGGUUAUCGGUUCAAGGACGGGGGAGAUUGGGUUAGUAUGAAUCUAUUGUCUUGGAUCGAUUAUGUAACGUUUGGAGAGAAAGAGAAGAUCUCGAGACUUGAGUAAUAGUUUGCCGAAUCUUUAACUAACCUUCGUUGACUUCUGCCGAACUUUGGAAUCAGAUUCGGUUGGAUCUGCCGAAAGGCUUUAUGUAACUAGGUUUGCACAAACACAAUAAACUAAAAGUGAAGGAAAGUAAACAGUACCGAACGCAGGGUUAAUUAAUUUGUUGUCUUGCUCCUUAGCUCUUCAGCAUUCAGUAAUUUCCAUGGCUUGGACAGAAUCCCCCCCUCAUCUUUUAAGGCAUUUCUGAUCAUGUCCCUGACCAUUAAGGCAUGUUAAGCAAAAAGUUAGGUGCAUCAAGAAAGAAAUAAAAAAGCAAAGAUAAGAAGAAUUAAGCAUAUAAGGUUCGAACAAGUGGAGAGAAGUUCGGCUGGGCUAACCCACAAAGCCACCCUAGCUCCCCACCAUCUCUCUCAUUCUCUUUAAUCUUUGCUGCUAAGAUAUAUCAACUGUUGCCGGUAGGGUUGGCAGGUCUCAAGUUGCUAGAAUAGAGGGAAUGAGAUCCCCUAUGGAUUUCUAUGUUUGAAAACCAUGGAUCUAGAGAUUCGGAUCAUUCAAAAAGAGAGAAAGAGAUUUGGACCGUUCAAGUUUUUGGAUUUUUGUGAAGUGGGCAAGUGAAAUGGGCUAAUAGGAAUUGUAUGAUUAAAAUUGUGUGGUCUAAGUGGUCCGAAUCUCUCGGUCUACAGGCAACAUGCAUAAAAAUCUAGAGUGGCUCCCAAUCCAGGAUGGUGCAUGCAUGCUAAUUAAUCCCAAAGGAACCCUUUAAUCAUUUCCAUUCUCUUCACACACACAUACACAUAUAUAUAUCACAGGUUCUGGUAAGGAAUAGUAAGCAACACAAUAUCCAUCUAUAUUUUUCAUUCAAUUUUCAAUAGCAAUGGCAGAAAUCAAGGAACACAUAGUUAUGUUCCCAUUCAUGGCACAAGGCCACAUAAUUCCAUUCCUUGCCUUGGCCCAACAACUAGAGCAGAAAAAAGGUUGCACCAUAACCCUAAUCAACACCCCACUCAAUAUCAAGAAGCUCAGCUCCUCCCUCCCUCCGAACACCACCAUUCGCCUCCUCGAAAUCCCUUUCAAGAGCUCCGAUCACGGUCUUCCCAGCGACGCCGAAAACACCAAUUCCCUAUCCUACCAUCUCAUCCUCAAACUCUUUCAAGCUUCCUUGUCACUCAAGCCUUGUUUCAGAAACCUAAUGCACGGUCUUGUCCAUGAAAGAAAUGGACUGCGCCGACCGGUUUGCAUGAUCACUGACAUCUUCUUUGGGUGGACGAUUGAGAUAGCUCAUGAGUUUGGCAUGUCCCAUGCUGUGUUCUCCACAGUUGGAGGGUUCGGCAUGGCGUGCUAUUACUCGUUGUGCUUGCAUUUACCUCAUCUGAAAGCAAAAUCCGGAGAAUAUGAAUUCACACUGCCUGAUUUUCCAGAAGCUAAGAAAUUUCAUAUAUCCCAGCUCUCAGAAAGUCUUAAACUGAGCAAUGGCACCGACCCCUUUUCAGUGUUUGUGCAUAAAGCAUUCAAUGAGUGCAUGAAAACUGACGGAAUGGUAAUCAACACGGUGGAGGAGCUAGACAAAACCGGGCUGAUGUACCUCCGGAAGAUCUUUAAAUUGCCAGUUUGGGCAGUUGGACCGCUUCUUCUAUCAUCCGGAAAUGGAACUAAAAGGGCAGGAAAAGAAUCCGGACUCACACCAGAAGCAUGCAAAAACUGGCUUGAUUCAAAACCACCCAGGCCACCAUUGGAAUAUGAUGUUGAUUCAGAGUUCAAGGAGAAGGAGUGGUUUCCGGAAGGGUUCGUGCAGAGGAUUAAAGCUCGAAACAAAGGGCUAAUUGUCGAAAAAUGGGCACCUCAGGUGGAAAUACUGUCUCACAAAGCAACCUCUGCUUUUUUGAGCCAUUGUGGAUGGAACUCGGUGAUCGAGUCCCUUGUUCAUGGGGUGCCUUUACUCGGGUGGCCUAUGGCUUCAGAACAGUUUUUCAACGUCAAGUAUCUGGUGGAGCAAGUCGGAGUUUGCGUGGAAGUAGCGAGGGGGAAGAGUUGUGAGGUUCAGAAGGAAAAUAUAGUGGCGAAGUUGGAGUUGGUGAUGAAUGAGACAGAGAAAGGGAAGCAAAUGAGAAGGAAAGCUAGCGAGGCAAAGGAGAUUAUUAGGGAUGCCAUGAAGGAUGAGGAGGGAUACAAAGGUUGUUCUACUAAAGCUUUGGAAGACUUUCUAACAGCCGCUGCAAUGUCAUACAGGGUCGAAGAAAACAGUGGACUCAAAACCAAAUGAAACGUUACUAAAAAGGAGAGAAAAACUAGCGCUUAGAAAGUAAAGAAUUCAAAGGUCGCGGUUCUUAAGAGUGUUUCGGUUUAUGAUUUUUUUUCUUUUCUUGGCUUUAUAAUCUGUCUUGUUAACUUUGAUUUCCUUCUCUGCAGUUAAUGUUCAGUUUCAGUUAA